UGUAUUCCAAAAAACUGGGUUUGCGAUUUCGAUCGCGAUUGUGCAGACGGAUCAGACGAGCAACACUGCACCACAAAUACCUGUAAAGAUGAUGAGUUUCGAUGCAACGCAACAGGAAAAUGCAUCUCUAAUACGUGGGUCUGCGAUGGCGAAGGUGACUGUUCAGACAGCUCGGACGAACAAGGGUGUAAAGACUCUUCUACCUGUGACAGCAGCCAGUUUCAGUGCAAUAAAACGGGAAACUGCAUCCCUGAUAGAUGGGUUUGUGAUGGUGAACGGGACUGUACAGACGGCUCGGACGAACAAGGUUGUAAAGACUCUUCGAACUGCACAAGCAGCCAGUUUGACUGCAGAUCAACUAAAAGCUGUAUCCCAAGCGUCUGGGUUUGCGAUGCCGAAAACGAUUGUGGAGACGGAUCAGACGAGCAAAACUGUACGACCCAAGCCUGUGACGAGUUUCAAUGCAACGCAUCAGGAAAAUGCAUCCCUCACAAAUGGGUUUGUGAUGGCGAUAGUGACUGUACAGACACCUCGGACGAAAAGGGGUGUAAAACCGUCAACGCUACUACCUGUGGAAGCAGCCAGUUUCAGUGCAAUACAACAGGAGAUUGUAUUCCUGGCAAAUGGGUUUGUGAUGGCGAUAUUGACUGUACAGACGGCUCAGACGAACAAAACUGUAAAGACUCUGCAACCUGUGGCAGCAGCCAGUUUCCGUGCAAUAAAACCGGAAAUUGUAUCCCUGACACAUGGGUUUGUGAUGGCCAAAGUGACUGUUCAGACAGCUCAGACGAACAAGACUGCAAAGAGUCUGGGACCUGUUCAAGCAGCCGGUUUCAGUGCAGAACAACUAAACGCUGUAUUCCCAGUUUAUUUGUCUGUGAUGAUUAUGACCACUGUGGUGAUAAAUCGGACGAGACUGACUGUGUAGUCGCUAGUACUAGUAGGUUUUUCUUUAUUGUUUACGAAUACUUGUUAACACUAAUUCUGAUGCUAAUUUUGAAGCGCUGUGGUAGCAAAAUAUACGUAUUUUCCUCUAUAAAGAGGGUCUGGAAGAGUACUUUCAGGAUCCGGGACUUGAUCAAAAAACUGUGCGAAAUUCGGGAAAUCACAAAGAAAAUAGGGGGAUCCGGCCACAAAAAAGAUUUUCCGUGCCGGAUUCAGUCAGGCCUAAAGUUAAAGUAGUUUACAGCCGCUCUUACCCUAGUUCUGCCACCAAUUUAUUCACCAUCAUCGACAUACAGGCACAAACUUACAAUUUCCCUGCUCUUCCGAACGCUUUGCAUAAAAAGCUGCUUAACCUUCGCUUUUCGCAUUGAGGCUUCCGACGUGCUUGUACGUUUUGAAGCCUUCCCUGGGAUUCUUUCCGCUGAACACCGGCAAGAAAAUUUUUUAACAGACAUCUGCUUAUACGAAGAGACGGCCAGCCAUACCGAUCCUUACUUUACUAAAAUUACUUUUACUUAUUUUCCCUAGCUCCACCUCUUUUAUACAGCCGUGGAGAUGCUAUCAGAGUUGUUAACACUCAAAACAGCACCGAAAGCUCUGUGUUAGAAGGUCUCAAGAGAGCCAUUGCAGUAGAUUUUCAUUAUGCUAAAGGACUAGUAUUUUGGACGGAUACUGUCUUGAACAAGAUCCAGCGAAUUCAGAUCACAGGAGGUGCUAAGAGGGUCGAAGAUGUGAUUGCAGUGGGUCUGAUAGCGCCUGAAGGAAUCGCUGUAGAUUGGGUAGCAAGAAAAUUGUAUUGGACAGAAAAUAUUGAGGAAGGAAAAUCGAGAAUAGAAGUUGCGAAUUUGGAUGGGUCUUAUCGUAAAGUUCUCAUCCAGACUGAGCUGGAUAAGCCAAGAGCGAUUGCUGUUGAUCCACUUUCUGGGUAAAUUUAUUUAAAUAUUAAAAAGGGUAUGAGAUGAUUACAUACAGUAAACACCCGGUAAUAAGAACUUGUGGUCUAAGAACCUGCUAGCAGAAAUUCGGCACCUUUAUACCCAAAAAUCUAAGAACUUUUAAUAGCCAAGCAAAAUCAAGCAGGCUCUUAUUUAUAUUUGAAUUACUGGCCUGGGUAAAUCAAGAUAAAGAUUUUAACCAAGGAGUUUGACUUCGAGAUUGCCAAUUGAUAUUACAAUGCAAGAAGAUACUGUCGCAAACUGUAUUUGCUUCAGCCAAUCAGAAGCACUCCCCAGAUCUGGGAAGUGACAAGCCAUCAGCAUAGAAUUUCUGUGCCUGUUAGUUUCUCAGAAGUCAUUUCGCGUAGAAACCGGUGGCGGCGUCGUGAGGUGUUAGCUGUUUUCUCAAGCUAGAUGUACGCUUAAUAAAGACUUCUCAGCAAUUUUAAUAACGUACGAUAUGAAAGAUUUUGCCCGAGGUCGCGUUAAAGUUGCUUCUGUGCGUUCCUCUGCCUGGUCAGUCCCAUAGUGCAAAGAACGAAGGGAAAAGUUUCCUUAAAUAUGACUGGGGUUCUUGAUAUUGACGUCCUGACCCAUAAAAAUUUUACUGUAACUUGGGUGAAGAUUGUCAUUUGUUACAAGGGGUACCGUAAAAUUCCGAAAAUAAGCCCCUCCUUGUACAAGCCCCUCUAAAUAUAAGCCCCCCAAACUCGUAACCCAAAAAACCCUCCGUUACAUCGCCCCUCCAAAUAUAAGCCCCUGGGGGGCUUGUACUUGGAAAUUGCCCUCAAAUACAAAGUAAAACAAAGCAAAAACGGUAAAUUUGCUUCCAGCUAUAAGCUAGCCCCAGUCGAUUUUGAAACGCAAAUUUCCCUCCGAAUAUAAGCCCCUCCAAAAGUAAGCCCGUCAAAAAGGGCCUUUGAAAAAUAUAAGCCCUGGGCUUAUUUUCGAAAUUUUACGGUAUGUUUUAUCGGGUUUUCAUUGGGUCACAAUUUUUUUGUCUCUCAUCAUUUGUUGCUUUUAUCUUUCAGUUACAUGUUUUGGACAGACUGGGGUAAAGAACCGAAAGUCGAGCGAGCAGAGAUGGACGGCUCAAAUCGUCGAGUUAUAAUACAACGAAAUAUUCAAUGGCCAAAUGGGUUGACAUUAGACUUCAACAACCAGAAAUUAUUUUGGACCAAUGCAAAGGUGCCUCGUUACAUAGCAAUGGCAAACUACGAUGGCUCAAAUCGCGAGAGGAUAUUCAGAUCACCAGAUCAGUGUGCGUUAGGGCAUCUUUUUGGUAUCACAUUGUACGAGAACAGACUAUUUUGGACAGACUGGUCAUCAAAAGGGAUUCAUUCUACAGAUCGGGAUAACACCACUGGAAAACUGCAAUGUAAGAAGGUGUGGCAAAGCACUGGGUUGCAACUCUUUGACGUUCGCGUUUUUGAUCCUACUACACAGUUACCAAGGCCAGGUGAGCUCCUCGAAGUUUUUAACAAAAUGGGUCUUUCCUUUGCAGUUUCAAGCACUUACAUUUGAUUUUAAGGACAAAUAUGUUAUCAUGUAUAUAUUCAGCGCUUAAAAUAUCGACCUCUAACUAAUGGAGCUUGCUUAGCAGAGAGACUUUAAAAAUACAAGGGUUUAUUUUUUACAUAUAUAUGUAUCGCAAAAGGGGAGUCGUGAUCCCCGUCGUUCCCAGCGGAGACCGUGGAAACUGGGGAUAAGAAUCGCGACGUGACCGACAACAUAUUUAGAGCGCCAUGCAUGUUUUGAGAAGAAAGCUGAGGAAAGAUUAAUGCGAAAAAUGUCAAACUUUUCAGGAACAGGUCGGUACACGACUUCUAUCGCUUGAAGGCGUUGAUUACUUUGAAACAAGCGAAUACUUUAGUGGUCGAAAUAAAGAACAAUCUGUAUGAGCAAAACUUCGACGGUGAGGCUAACUGGUGGGGUGUUGUAAACUUUCAUUUUAUGCAAACGAGCCUUGUGAUGAGCAUGCAGUGUAUUUUCGGCGAUGCCGGAUUGAAAUGACGCGCCAUGUUCAUCACAUUUUUGCCCUUUGGCAAUGAUGUAAUUUCUCUCGAAUCGAGGCCCUUGAUUUUCGUGUACUCCACUCACACGUGUACUCAAUCAAUUCAGAAACAAAUGGUCGAACACGAUAUAAAAAUAAUAAAUUUACUCGACCGUCGAUAAAGUAGGACGUGAAACUCUUUUAGCGAGGAAAUCCUGUUUUGUAUCGAAUUAAUCGCCUCUUCAUUUCUUCUCUAAUCUCCCAGCAAGCUCGACUUAAAGAGCAUCUUGUUUAACGUGGAUCUCUGUCGAAUAUAACUUCAAAGCAAAACUUCUAUAGAUCUCACUUUGGAAAAGCAUUUCGCCUUUACAUUUAUUUUGACACUUCAGUGCCAAAUUGUGUAAGGGGAAAAUAUGAUCCCUGGUCAUUGAAUAUUCUUUUGCAGGUCAAAAUCCCUGCAACUCUACCACUAACGGAGGAUGCAGUCAUUUAUGCUUGUUGAAUGUUCACGGCCAUUCUUGUGCGUGUCCAACUGGAAUGAGGCUUUUGUCUGAUAAUAAAACGUGCAAACAAGGUAAAGAAAAAAAU